AUGCUAUGCCAAGGACUUCGGUAUCAGGGAUCAGCAAGACCAACACACAUUUUUGGUGAUUGGCGGCCCACGCCUACUGAUUUGCAGGUGGAUGACACACCUUUCGAACUCACAUGUCUGUCCGAAAGCACCAGUGGAGGUCAGAAGGAGCGUGAACUUGCUCGUAAAUGGCUUUUCCUCGUUCAAUUGUUCUCCAAUUGUUGCCUUUCGUAUGAAGAAGACACUUUACCGGCACUUUCUGGGUUGGCGCUGAUCUUCCAGCGCUUCACGCAGGAUCACUACAUUGCGGGCAUCUGGAAGAAAAGUUUGUUGCAAGGACUCCUAUGGGCAAGAUCACCAAAUGUGACGCCUCGGUAUCCAAAGAAGUAUCGAGAUAUCUGGGUAGCAGAAGUGAUUGAAGCAUCUGUCCAAACUGAUGGUCCCGAUCAGAUGGGGAGAGUUGUAAGUGGCUUCAUCUGCUUAUCGAGCAAUCUGCGACAGACCAGAGAUAUGUUGUGGACAAAAGAAGGAGCUAGUGGAAGGGUGCAUAUCGAUUGGAUCGAUGGCAGCGCGCCUACUAGUGGCUCUAUUGUGUCGAACAAUGUCUUUCAUUAG